GAAUAAUAUCAUCUGAUUUGAUCUCCUGUCACAGACGACAGUUAGGUAAGUCUGUUAAAACCAGAGCCAGUCUUACGGUUGAAAAAAAUCUGGGUUUUCAUAAUCUAUAUUGCAGGUACGAGGAUGAGUGGGUGUGGGCUGUUGUGGAUUGGAAGGGCACUGGUUCUUCUGCAACUGUUUAAUGGGGUUCUGGGUUGGGGAAAGGAAGGUCACUAUGCCAUUUGCAAGAUGGCAGAGGGAUAUCUCACAGAAGAUGCCUUGGCUGCGGUAAAAGAAUUGCUUCCUGAUUCUGCUGAAGGUGAACUUGCAAAUGUUUGCUCCUGGCCUGAUGAGAUUCGACAUAAUUUCCACUGGCGCUGGACUAGCCCUUUACACUAUGUUGAUACACCAGAUUUUAAGUGUAACUAUGAAUACUGCAGAGACUGCCAUGAUUCUGGUGGACAUAAGGAUAGAUGUGUAACUGGAGCAAUCAACAACUAUACAAUGCAACUCAAAUCUUUUUAUCAGGACUCUGUUUCAGAGGCAAAAUACAAUUUAACUGAGGCGCUUCUCUUUCUAUCUCAUUUUAUUGGUGAUGUGCAUCAGCCUCUGCAUGUUGGUUUCACUGGAGAUGAAGGGGGCAACACUAUAACAGUCCGUUGGUUCCGCCGGAAAACAAACCUACACCAUGUAUGGGAUAACAUGAUAAUUGAAUCUGCCCUGAAGACUUUUUAUGGUUCAGAUAUAGCAGUCAUGAUUAAGGCCAUUCAAAGGAAUUUUACGGAUGGUUGGUCCAAUGAUACAACAUCAUGGGAAUAUUGUAAAUAUAAUAAAACAGUUUGUCCUGACCCGUAUGCCUCUGAAAGCAUUAGUUUGGCAUGCAAGUUUGCAUACAGGAAUGCUACACCAGGAACCACUCUGGGAGAUGAUUAUUUCCUUUCUCGGUUGCCUAUUGUGGAGAAGAGGCUUGCUCAAGGUGGCAUUCGCUUAGCUGCUACUCUCAACCGUAUAUUCACCCCUCAAAUAAAAAUUGCUGAUGCAUGAAGACAAAGGAAUAUAGAGGCAUCUUUCAGUUGGUUACAGAGAGGGCCCCACUACGCCAUUGUAUAUAGCUUGAAGUUCUCCAUACGGUAGACGUCAUGUACAUUGUUACAUUAUUAAUUACCCUUCCUCUUAUUGUCUACUCUUAAAGGACAAGCAAAGAAAGCGUACUUUCUGAUUACCUUCUUAUCUAUUCCUCUUAUAUUGAUGUGUAAACGCAUAUUACAGAACAUGCCCAUCUUGCUUGUAUUGUAGUCAACUUUUGAGGCACUUAAAAUAGUAGAAAAUGAAACUUGCACUCCAGGACUACGUCUUAUUGUUUA